AUAUCCAUGAAUUUUCCUCUUCUGAUCAGUCGAUCACACCCUCCAUCUUUCUGAAACCGUCAACAUGAGAGCUAUUGUACUGAUGUGUCUGCUGCAUGCAGCCAUUGCUGUCGCACCUACAUUUCCAUGGAAUGGAAUUGGAAAUGGCAUCCAAACACCAAAUCCAAACGCCAAGACAAACAGUGCCUGUGCGACAGACGAGGGUUCUUGUAGAUGCUGUGUGAUGCUUAAAGAGAUGAACAGGCUGAGGAUGUACUUUAACACAACCAUGAAUAAUUUGGAGAAGGAAUUUUCCCAAAUGGUGCAAAGUCUCGACAAUAUUCAAGCCAGCUACACUGCUGUCUCUGUCGCUCUAUUCAAUGAGUUUAAGUGUCUCGGCCCCAACCAAUUCAACACCCUCGUCAUCUACAAACAUGUCUUCAUCAAUCUGGGUAACGGCUACAGUGUGGACACUGGUAUCUUCACUGUUCCACGCUCAGGUGUCUACAGCCUCGCCCUCACUGUCUACAGUGACUCUGGUUCUCCUGGUGCCAAGUUGGCUGCCUGUGCCAGUCUGUUGCUGAAUGGCCAAUUGGUGGCAGGAACCAGAGAAAUAAAUAUGGAAGACCAAGAAGACAGUGGUACUACUGUUGUUGCCCUCCACCUGAAAGCUGGGGACAAGGUGACGGUGAACCUGCCUGCUGGAUGUUACCUUUGCGAUGACAGCAACCACUAUAACACUUUUAGUGCUUUUCUGCUUUAUCCUGAAUAAGUUAGGGAGGCAAAGCGCACUGUUUAUUGUACCAACUCUUGUCCUAUACUACCGAGGUUAGAGUCUGCUAGAAGAAACCAUUCUGUGGUGCCUUGGAGCCCCCACUUUAAUUUUCUCUUUUUGAGGGGAGACAGUUGUUAUUUUUAAUCUAUCACAUCUCGAUUCAACUUGUGCAAUUUGAAUAUCUUUCUUCUGCAACAGCUUACUUUUUUCUUG